AUGGCUGGAAUGGUUUGGACUUUCGAUGUCACAAAAGACUUAAUAAAUCUUCAUAAUGAAUAUCGUGAAGAAUUCGAAAAUGCUCUGAACACUGAAUAUGCUAUUAUCUGGGAUGGGAUAGCAACUGGAAUAAACAAUCAUCAUCCAGCUCAA